CCACUACCAGCAAUGUGACUACUAUAAAAUAUUUAUGAAGAGACGCAUAUUCUGCAGUUGUAUAUAUGUAUCGUCUGAUCUCGAAGACACCGAAUUGAGAAUCUAAAGGAACUUAUACUCACAACGUCCCAACCGUGCGAAUAGUUCAACGUCCUGUCAGGUACUGUCAUGAAGUGAUUACCUGUAAAAAAGCAAUACCUACCAGAGUGUGAAUAAAAGCGCCAAUUUCUAGCUAAACGCAACAGAAAACAAAAGCAGACAAACAUAACCAUAAAGCUAGAAGUGAUUUAGAAUGGAGUCUACAACAUUCAUUUCGCCUAUGACCCCUAUGACAAAUAAUCAGUUCUUUUCUGUGUGUCACUACAUUACGACGUUAGGAAUUAUUUUGAAUAACCAUAACCUGCUUUCAUCUUCAGUCGAAAAUGAAACUGUACCCGUUUUAAACGCCUUUUUUGAAUAUCUAAACAAGUCGAAGAAUGAGUCAGCAGCAAAAAUCCAUCUUUUUAAAGAAAUACGAAGUAAAAUUAAUAUUUCUGGUUUUGAAGAUCCGAAUAAUUUGGAGGACGCUAACAAACUCUAUCAGUACAUAAUUAAUAUGGGUCUGUUUGUCCACUACGGCAACAUUACAGGUUAUGUAAGAAAUAUUUACCAGGAUAACAACAAUAGCUUUUCCAAUCUACAGGAAAUGUUGUUUCACGAUUUCUCAAACAAUCUCACUACUAAGAAUAUUUGCUCGUUGAGAAAGGAAUCAAAAAAUCUUAAUUUUCUUGCAAUUGGAAAAAUAUUUGCAGAGUAUGUUUUGCCCGUUUUUACUGAAAUGUGGAAAGGAAAGAAAAAUUUAAAAGUGCAAAGAAACGAUUUGAAAAUAGUUAAACGGUUUAGAAGACAAGAAUCAUCGCCAGAGGACAGUGAUCUGGAGAUAGAAAUAGAUGAAGACGAACAUAAAGAAGUUAAUAUUAGCUAUGAAAUUCUAUCAAAAUUAGAGCUUUAUGGUGUGAAAAUUUUAAAGACACUAAAAGAGAGAGAUUUAUUCUGUGCAAUGAUAAAAAGUUUAGCUCUUGAGCAAGUAAAUGCCGGUGUAACAUAUUCCCUUGAACUCUGGCUUCUAGAGUUUUCAAGUGACCCGGACUACAUCAAAUUUUUAUUUCAUUCAGUAGGAUUUAAUUUUACUUUUCACGAUUUUAAACUACUAUCAAUGAAUCCUUCUGGUCAAGUGCCACCGAAUAAGGAAUCGAAUAAACAGGCUAAUGAGACACGAAUACUAUAUUUCAUAAGAAGUUCCUCACUAAACGGUUUUAUCGAUUUGAAUAAGUACAAUCUUAAUAAUCUAUACUUAUUAUAUCCAGAUGUUACUUUUACAGUAACAGGUACGAGAUAUGAGAAACAAGGAGAUACACGGUUUUUAUUUAUUGAUCUAGAAAGAAACGAUUUAUCGCCUGAUAGAUGGUAUACUAUUAUUAAUACUAUAAAAAACAGAGAACUUUCUAAUGCAAGAAAUUCUAGAAGGAUGAAUGCUAUUAAAAGAGCUGCAGAAUUAAUCUCGUCAAAUGUAUCAAUGACAACAUUUACCAAAGCUGUGAAUAUGUUGAAGAGUUACAUUUUGUCUGUAGAUACAGACAAUCCUAAUUUACCGACAUAUGAUCAACUGGCUCAUAAUUAUUUGCAGCACCUGAGGAUUAUGGACUCUUAUUCACCUUGGAAAAUUAAUAAUAGCAAAUACAUAAAUGAUGUUCUAUAUAAAUCAAAAUUUUAUUUUCAACAUAACAAUGAUCAAUAUUACUGGAAAUUGAAGACACUAUUUAAUUCAAAAUCGAGUUCCAUUUUUGAUUACUAUUAUAAUAUGUACACAACAGACUUAGAUAUUUUUCAAAAGAAAAUCAGAUUUGAAGAUUUUUUUAGAAUUAGCUAUACAUUUAACAAAAGACGAUUUAGUAUUCAAAGUAAUUUAAAAGUUGCACUUUUAAGAAUGGUUCUUAGACAAUGUGAUGAGGAAUUGAAUGAAGAGCCAAUUGUACUUUAUCAGGCUUUUUAUAUGAAGGAGACUCCUCAAAACAUGUAUAUAUAUAAAAGAAAACUUGUGACUUUAAGAUUAAAUAAAGCUUGCAGUGAAAAUCGCCAUCUUGUACUAUCAAACAUCUUAAAUGAUACUAUUAGUACAGGAAUAGUAAUAUUUUUAAAAAUACACCUGAAAAGUCGUUGUGGAGUUGCAGACGUUUAUGAAUUUUUCAGGAAUGAAAUUAAAUCACAUUUUUUACCUAUUGAUGAAAAAUAUAAACGUAUUGAGAGAUUUGAAAAAACCAUUGAGAAUCAGAAAGUAAUUUUUCUGACGCUUGAACCCAGUAAAACAAUAUCAAAAGAAGAAAAAAUGAUCAAGAUUGUGAAUGUGCUAAAUUUUAUUUAUGAGAAUAGUCCUGAAUGUUAUAUUGAAAAAUAAUAAAAAGCAAUUACAUGUAAUUUUCUUCAUAUUUUUCUA